AUGCCCUAUGCUCUGCCAUGGUCUAUUACCAACUGCCAGAGCAGUGAUUUGGCAGAGUUGCCUCUUGAGAUCUGCAAUAUGCCCUAUGCUCUGUCAUGGUAUAUUACCAACUGCCAUCUGCUGCAGAAUUUACCAUAUGAUAUUGGAAAUAUGAGCCAUCUAAGAAUAUUAAGGCUAUCGGCAUUACCAGGCCUGAAAGAGCUUCCAGUAUCAAUUGGAAAGCUUGAAGAGUUGGAAUAUCUGGACAUUUCAGUAUGUGAGGGCUUGAAACAACUUCCAAAGGAAAUAGGGCAACUCAAGAAAUUAAGGGAGUUUGAUAUGAGGGAAUGUUCUUGUUUGAGAAGGUUACCCACAACUGUUUGUGAACUCAGUUGCCUGAAGCUUGUUGUGUGUGAUGAGAAGAUUGGAAAGCAGUGGAUGAGGACCAAGAACAUUUCUAUACCGGAGCUUACAGUUGAAAUUGUGGAAGCACACUUUAGUUUGGAUUGGCUUGAUGAUUAA